ACCAUGGAAGCCAAGCAAGGCCGGCUCAGUCUGCAGAGGGAGCGUCGAUGGAGCGGGAACAGGAGUCCGCUCCCUUGGGCGGGUCCCCCUCCUCCGUCCCGCUGGGGAAGGAUGCGCGAUACUCACCAGGACACUUUUUAAAUCGCACACUUCCAGACCCUCGGUCGAAAGCCCUGGCCCUUGGCAAACGGGACGACGCGACAAAGCAUCCCCGAACCCGACACCGCCCUCCUCGGGACCGCUGGCUCGUCGGCGGCCCCAGGCCAGGAAGGAAUGGCAGUGACCCAACCCGGAUGAGGGACCUGGUCGGGCAGCACAGAAGGAGGGAAAUUAUACCAACAUAAAGAUCACUGACUUGUGUGAACCUGUCUUAUCAGGCUGGGACAGGAUAUGAGGUGGAGAAAAUCAAGUAGCCACCGAGUGCCCUAUCAAAAAAGAUGCCAUCUCAGCAUUGGUCUGUGUUGGUUUUCCACUGAGCCUAUGACUGAAGACAUCCUUGACUUCCAUCUAGUUCAUCCAAUGUUACAUCAUCAGGUUAACAGAUAUGGACAUCUCCACCAGGAUUUGGAGAAUAGUUUCAAUGGGCACUAAAAAUCUGGACUAGAUUUGUUAACAAAGGUAGAUGGAGUUUAAGGCAAUUGCCCAACAAACUGCUGAAGAAAUUUUAGCUUACAGUCAAGAUAUAUCUGGCUGGAAAGUUGUUAAAUCUUCAUUAAUUUAUUUCUGGAUUUUAUUCCCCUUUGAGAAAAAGAUAAUUGUUUCCAAGAAGACUUCUAAAUUAUUCCGCGGAAAUCUAUAUCGCAUUGAAGGAAUAAUUCCAGUAUCAACAGCUAAGCUCUCCAAUUUUCUCUACCAACCUGAAAGCAGAAUUAAGUGGGAUAAAUUAUUGAAAGCAUACAAUGUGUUACACAAGAUUGAUUCGGACACAUUUAUAUGUCAUACCAUUACGAAUAGUUUUGCCAUGGGCUCCAUUUCCCCUAGAGACUUUAUCGACGUAAUAUACAUCAAACACUAUGAAGGGAAUGUUGACAUUAUCUGUGCUCACAGUGUGGACUUCCCAGGAUAUCCUCCGACUUCAUAUUAUGUCCGUGGCUAUAACUACCCUUCUGGCUAUGUAUGUUCACCUCUCAAAGAAAACCCAGCAUAUUCCAAGCUAGUGGUAUUUGUCCAGAUAGACAUGAGAGGAAAAUGGCUUACAUCGAUAAUUGAGAAAGUUAUGCCAUCCAACUUAGUGAGCUUCUUCCUCAAUGCAAAAGAUGGCAUAAAGGCGCAUGAAACUCCAUCAGCACAGAGACGUCACAGUAGGCACCCAUCAGUACACAAAAAGAAAUAAAGGAAUUCUGCCAUUAAACAUAGAGAUUGCAGACCGUACAAACUGCUAGUAAGUGUAGUUUGUCCCUUCUGAUUACUUCUAAGUCAAUAUGUGUAAAUCUAUUAUAUGUCUCUAGACAUUAUCCUUGUACCGAGAACUUGAAUGUUUUGUCAAAAUAAGAACUUCAUUUUACAAGAAAACUCCAUUAGAUAUAGCUUUUAAUCUCACAUGACAUGAAAUAAUGUGCUAUUAAUACACUUUGCCUACCUGAAUAUGCUCCACAUUCAGAUUAUAAACAAGCAGAUAUAGUCAGCAGUUGACAGUAAUUAGUUCAUUGAGUAUUUAUUCAUCUAGGGAUGGUGGCAAGCACCUGUAACCCCGGCACUGGAGGGACUGAGAUGGGACUAGCACAUGAGAGCAGCCUGAGCUACACAGAAAGACCCUAUCUCAAAAAUAAAUAAAAAGUGUAUUUGAAAUUA